GACCAAUAGAAAUCGAGAGACAGGUCUGCGCCAAUAAGAACAAUGGAAAACUGGGCGUAAAAUUUGCAUAAGUUUUUCCAUAUAUAAGCAAUGUCUUACAGCGUGCUUGCCUGACAUUCCUUUGUACGCGUGGCAAACGUUUUGUUUGGGAAUUUUAAAACUGCUGCGCUUUAUGGUAUUCAAAUGUUUAGUUAAAUUAUUUUAGUCACCAAGAACAUGACGUUACGUUUAGGUUUAUGCGCACAGUUUAUACCAUACGUUUUAUAUCAAUACGGAAAUACCUUCAGUAAUGACCAUUGCAUACAGUGCGAUACGUACGUUUAUUUAUUGAAGGCUGUAUAUUUUCUUUCACGUCAUAGUAAUCAUACGUUUAGAAAAAUAUUUAAAAAUGUGCAUGAUAUCCCCUUUCCAUGUUAUAUUGGUACGUCCUUGCACAACCCCCCGCAGUAGAGUUGGUGCAGACAUGGUUUCAACAAGGUCCGCAUCCAAGCUAUACUAAGCAAGUCGUGUCGGUCAACCCACUCACUUAUUUUGAUUUGUGUACUUGGAAGCUUGAACUGUGAUCAUGUCUGGUCGAGGAAAAGGCGGCAAGGGUCUCGGGAAGGGUGGUGCAAAACGUCACCGUAAAGUUUUGCGAGAUAACAUCCAGGGAAUCACGAAGCCAGCCAUUCGUCGUUUAGCGCGCCGUGGUGGUGUAAAACGUAUUUCUGGCCUUAUUUAUGAGGAAACGCGCGGUGUAUUGAAAGUUUUUCUCGAGAACGUCAUUCGUGACGCUGUAACCUACACCGAGCACGCCAAGCGCAAGACGGUUACUGCUAUGGACGUAGUGUACGCGCUGAAGCGACAAGGACGUACGCUGUAUGGUUUUGGUGGUUAAAUAUCACCCGGACUUUUCAUCUAAAAUAAAAAAGGCUCUUUUAAGAGCCGCCCAAAUAUUCAUUUAAAAGAGCAAA